AUGGCGGUGGACCAGCAGAUGCUCCACCUCAACCUCGAGGAUCGCCGGCCCAUCAAUAAUUUCACUAUGGUCGUCACGCCGCCCGCAGAGAAUGGGCAAGAUGAUGCGCACGGCAAAGCCCCUGAAUCUCUCCCUCAUGACCAGGAGACGGCCACGGUGCCUGAGAGCGCGAUCGCAACCGCGGCUAAUGACCCCAUGAGCCGGAUCUAUCGCCGCACACCGACUCCAACGAUCGUGCUCGACGGCUCGCUUCGUGUUGUCGAAGCAUCUGACAGUCAUCUGGCUGCUUUCAACCACAGUCGAGAGGAAAUGUUGGGGACGAGCAUCUACGACUUGGUCCCUGGGAUUGUUCCGGCUCCGGAUAUCGCCUCGCUAAGUGGCGUGCUGGGCACUGCCAUCACCACACGCACCGUCCAGGUCAUUAAUUCGAUCCGCCCUACUGAGCACAAAGCCGACUUCGCGCUGAGGGUGACACCUAUCUUCGAAGAUGACGCUCUAAUAUAUGUGCUGCUCGAGGCGCAUAUCGCGGAGGGGGCGAGGGAGGAAUCCGGCUCCAACAUCAGUGAACACGCUUACCUCAACGAGACCUAUAAAAUUCUUGUUGACACCGUAAAAGACUACGCGAUAUUUAUGCUGGACACUCGGGGUCAUAUCGCGACAUGGAAUGCCGGGGCCUCCAUUCUCAAGGGCUAUUCCGCGGAUGACAUCAUUGGGCAGCACUUCUCAGUCUUUUAUGGACAGGAGGACCGCCAAGCGAAUAAGCCGGCUCGAGAGCUAGAAGUGUGUCUGCGAGAAGGCAAGGUAGAAGACGAAGGAUGGCGCUACCGGAAGGACGGCGGGCGCUUUUGGGCUAAUGUCAUGAUCACACCCAUCUAUCAAUUUGGUCGACAUGUGGGAUUUGUCAAAGUCACCCGCGACCUCACGGAACGCAAGGCCGCCGAAGCACGGCUGAUCGACGCGUUUGAGGAAUCGUCGAAACUCAAGACUGAAUUCUUGGCAAAUAUGUCGCACGAAUUGCGCACUCCCAUGAACGGAAUGUUUCUAGCCCUGACCAUGUUGAUGAGAACCCCUUUGACUGAGGAUCAGCGAGAAUACGCCUCAAUUCUGGAGGACUCCACAUCGAUAUUGUUGCAGGUCAUCAAUGAUGUCUUGGACUACUCGAAGUUGUCAUCUGGGUCCUUUUCUCUCAAUGCAGAUGUCCUCAAUGUCCCCAGCGUGGUCAACGCAGUUAUUCGAAACUGUCAGCCAACCCUGAAGCCCGGAGUGGUCUUGGAGAGCACCAUUACUCCCGAUUUCCCUCAGAAUGUGAAAGGCGACCCUCUGCGCUUUCGACAGGUACUGCAGAAUAUGGUUGGCAAUGCAGUGAAAUUCACCGAGAAGGGAUAUAUUCAUGUUAAAACCACGUAUUCUGUCGAUCCGAACGACCCCCGGUCGUAUCUUGUCACUAUCCAGGUCGAAGACUCUGGGAUUGGCGUGCCCGAAGAAGCAAUCGGCACUCUCUUCACUCCCUUCACUCGGUUUGCAGACUCCGCCACACGGCGCUACCAGGGGACAGGACUGGGCCUCUCCAUCUGCAAGAGUCUGGCUGAACUGAUGGAUGGAGCCGUUGGCUUUCACGCCAACCCGGAGCGGUCAGGCAGUGUGUUCUGGAUGUCGGUCAAAAUGGGGCGCAUCAAUCCGCCCAUCGCACUCGCAAAACGCAAGAAGCCAUCAGCUCCAGAUACAGCCGUCGACUCUGCUACACUGUUGCAAAAGCUUGCAGCGGAGAAGCAAAUCCUCCUAGUUGAAGACAACACGGUCAAUCAAACGAUCAUGCUCAAACUGUUGGCAACUCUCGGAUUCCAGAAGGUGGAUGCUGCAUGGGACGGUGCUGAAGCGGUGCGCAUGGUAAAACAGAAGCCGUUGGCGUAUAACAUGAUCUUGAUGGACAUCAACAUGCCGGUGAUGGAUGGCCUGAUGGCGACCGAACAAAUCCGGCAGAUGCAAGUGGAUGUGCCCAUCAUUGCCCUGACAGGGAACGCCUUGAAGGGAGACGCUGAGACCUACCUCGCCAAGGGAAUGAAUGACUACAUUGCCAAACCUCUCCAUCGACAGCAGCUGGUGGAUAUUCUGCUGAAAUGGUGCGGAUCCUAA